AUGGGCUUCUUCUCAGUGAGCUUCACCGUCUGUCUCGUGCUCCUCGUUGUCGUCACGGCCGAGCCAGAUAGCUCUUCCGUGGACCGAGUGCGCCGCGACAUGGAGACUGAAGUAAUGCCAGCGUCCCGAUUCAUCCGUGCGUGUACCGCUGACGAGUUGUCCAAGGGAUGCACCGAGGCGCCCACCGACUUCGGGCCUGCCAAAAAGUUGUGCACCUGCUCCAAGACUGAAGCAAUGUCAGCGUCCCGAUUCAUCCGUGCGUGUACCGCUGACGAGUUGUCCAAGGGAUGCACCGAGGCGCCCACCGACUUCGGACCUGCCAAAAAGUUGUGCACCUGCUCCAAGACUGAAGCAAUGUCCGCGUCCCGAUUCAUCCGUGCGUGUACCGCUGACGAGUUGUCCAAGGGAUGCACCGAGGCGCCCACCGACUUCGGACCUGACAAAAAGUUGUGCACCUGCUCCAAAGGACGUGUGCGACGUAAUCCCGACGCCCAGGAGGAAGCGAAGACCACUGUGCACGAACAUCCAUGCUCCCACGAAGAGUUGGUCGACAAGCAUUGCACUCUUGUCGCUGAUAUCGGGCAGCCACUUCGAUGCCACUGCCCUGAA